UCUCCCUCUCCCCGUUGCAGCGGACCUACAUAUGUGAUCCACACAUUAGAUGAAUUAUGGAACAUGUAAAUACCACAAAUGCAAGACUGCACCACCAGCAACAGCAGCAACAGCAACAGCAUCACCAGCACCUGCAACUGCAGCAACACCAGUUCGAGCAGCAUCAGCAGCACAAUGAUAACCAGCAGCAGUUCUGCCUCAGGUGGCACAAUCAUCAGACCAGUUUGCUGAGCACUCUGCCCGUGCUGCUGGACCAGUCACAGCUGACGGAUGUGACCAUAUCGGCGGAGGGACGUCAACUGCGGGCCCACCGGGUGGUGCUAAGUGCCUGCAGCAGCUUCUUCAUGGAGAUAUUCCGUGCCCUGGAGGCGAGCAAUCAUCCGGUGAUCAUCAUACCCGGAGCCAGCUUCGGGGCCAUUGUUUCGCUGCUCACGUUCAUGUACUCCGGAGAGGUGAAUGUGUAUGAGGAGCAGAUACCCAUGCUCCUCAAUCUGGCCGAGACGCUAGGCAUCAAGGGAUUGGCGGAUGUCCAGAACAAUAAUCUUCCCAAGACAGCGAAGAGCGGACCCCUAUAUAUGGAGCCACCGAACGACAAGUCGUCGGAGUUCGAGCAUCGUGGCACACCAUCGCCGAUGCCUACCCCCACACAUACCCCCACACAUACGCCCACACCCACCACCACUCCUAGUCUGCCGCUCCCGCUCCCACUGCAUCCCAGCCCCGCUCUUAGCACCCCGCUUCUUGCAAACAAACUGGGAUCGGUGGGGGCAACGGCAGCAGCCCCUAUGAUCGCCACCUCCCCGCUAGAGAACCUGUUCAAGUCGCUGCAGUUCUACCCAAGCCUGCUGCCGCAGCCACUUAACUUCUCGCAGACGGCUUUGAACAAGACCACGGAGCUUCUGGCGAAGUACCAGCAGCAGUGUCAGCUAUACCAGAGCGGGAUACAGGAGGAGGACGACUGCUUCGGGGCCAAGCGGCUGAAGGGCGACAGUCCGCCGAAAGAUUUCAAGCGGCUGGACAAGAUGGGGAAGAGCCUCAAGAACUCCGCGAACAACAGCAGCAAAAGCCCCACCGAGUGCUCGGUGCCCAAUCCCAUUGUGGCUACAUCGCCCAUUACCCUGCCGCCCCCGGCCAUGGCGCACUUCUCGCCCCAGUUGCCGGUGGUCAAGUGCUCCUCAGCAGGCUAUUCAAAUCCUCUAACACCUAACCAGAUGUACACCACCAAACCUCCGCUCUACAGUUGUGCUGUCACGCCCACCGCCGCCCAGCAGGCGGCCCAAAUGCACCACACCCAGGCAGUCGCCUCUACGCCCUACAUCUCGGCAGAGGAUCACGCCAAGCUUCAGCUCCACAUCGAGCAGUAUCAGCGGGAGGCAGCGGCAGCCGGAGGCAUGGCUCUGGUCAGCGCCAAAUCGGAGCCAAAUCUGCUCUCCCUAAGCGCCGACCGCGAGAAGCAGCUGGCCUCCACCCCCAUCAAGCCGCCGUCCAACUCCAAGCUCUAUGCCACAUGCUUCAUCUGCCACAAGCAGCUUAGCAACCAAUACAAUCUGCGCGUGCACCUCGAGACCCAUCAGAAUGUGCGGUACGCCUGCAACGUGUGCUCUCACGUGUCCCGCAGCAAGGAUGCCCUGCGCAAGCACGUCAGCUAUCGCCAUCCUGGGGCGCCCUCGCCCUGCGAGAACGAGGCGCGACGCAAGCGAGUCUCCAAACUGUCGACUGGCACAGCCACGCCCACAGCCAUGCCCACGCCCAGCCACACGAUGACCAGUGGCGACAUGGUGGGGGCGACAGGACAGAGCUCAACGGGAUGCCCGGGCGAGACGGUGCCCAGUCCGUACCUCUUUCUACCCAAUCAGUUUCAGCUGGCGGCCGCUGCAGCUGCCGUGGCGGAGUCCUCCUCGAGUGUCGCGCCCGCCUUGGAUUUGGCUCACGAGGCGCCGCCUGACAUCAAAAGUGAGCGGGAGCCGGCGGUGGCGAGCAAUGGAGAAGCGGGAGGCGGCGAAACGAGUGCGGCGGCCACUUAGUGGUGGAUGGAUGUUUUCUAAUUUCAAAUAUUGGACGGCUGCAAAGCUGGAGCACAGAUGCACACACACAAACACACAGACACUGGAAACACCCACACACAUGC